GCUUCCUUCCUCCCCCCUUCGCCCGUGGGGUUUUCUUAGCCGUGGGAGCCUCUGCAGCCUGCAUUGCAUUGCAGACACCGCUACCCCACGCCUCGCGGCCCGGGUGCCUCCGCCUCCUCCGCCCGCUUGGCUUGGCUGCCCUCCGCCAGCCAGCAGCAGCAGCAGCAGCGAAGUUGACCUGGAGUCCGAGGGAGCGCGGCCAGCCCUCCCCCCGGACGGUGCCCUGGAGUGAGCGCUCCAGCCCAGAGGCGCCUGCGAGACAGCCAUGGCCGGCGAGCUGAGCAUCGGACCCGAGCUGCCCACCAGCCCCCUGGCCAUGGAGUACGUCAACGACUUCGACCUGAUGAAAUUCGACGUGAAGAAGGAGCCCCUGGGCAGAGCCGACCGGCCCGGCCGCCACUGCACCCGCCUGCAGCCAGCCGGCUCCGUCUCCUCCACCCCUAUCAGCACGCCCUGCAGCUCGGUGCCCUCCUCGCCCAGCUUCAGCCCCACCGAGCAGAAGACCCACCUGGAGGACCUGUACUGGAUGGCCAACAGCUACCAGCAGAUGAACCCCGAGACGCUCAGCCUCACCCCGGAGGACGCGGUGGAAGCCCUCAUCGGGUCCCACCAGAUGCCCCAGCAGCUCCAAAGCUUUGAGAGCUUCCGGGCCCACCACCACCACCAUCACCAGCAGCAGCACCACCACCAGUACCCGGGGGUCACCCACGAAGACCUGGCCAACAGCGGGCACCCGCAUCACCAUCACCACCACCAUCAUCAUCAUCACCAGGCGUCUCCCACCCCUUCCACCUCCUCCACCUCCUCCCAGCAGCUGCAGAACGCCCACCAGCAGCACCCUUCCUCCAACAGCGUGGAAGACAGGUUCUCGGACGAACAGCUGGUCUCCAUGUCGGUGAGGGAGCUCAACAGGCACCUGAGGGGCUUCACCAAGGACGAGGUGAUCCGCCUCAAGCAGAAGAGGAGGACGUUGAAGAACAGGGGCUAUGCCCAGUCCUGCAGGUAUAAGCGAGUCCAGCAGAAGCACCACCUGGAGAACGAGAAGACCCAGCUGAUCCAGCAGGUGGAACAGCUCAAGCAAGAGGUGACCCGGCUGGCCAGAGAAAGAGAUGCCUACAAGCUCAAGUGUGAGAAACUUGCCAGCAAUGGCUUCAGGGAGGCCGGAUCCACCAGUGACAACCCAUCUUCUCCUGAGUUCUUCAUGUGAGUCCUUUAAACACAACCCCCCCGAUCUCCUCCUCCGCCCCUCCGCUUCUCCCAUCCUCCUCUGACAUCUCCAUCCAUCUGCCUGCUUGAGUAGAGAGGAAGAAGAGAGACUUAAUAUUUGCAGCAUCCUGUCUUAUAGAUUAGCUGUGAAAAGUAGGCUGGGGGUAGGUGGGGGAAGAGAGAGAGAGAGACGUGCAACUUUUUAUCUUUAGUUCGCCAGCUAAAGAAAGAAACAGAAGAAAGGAAGGACGUGUAAAGCGUUUUUAUAGAUCGCUUGCUUUCAGAACUAUAUGGGCUCGUUGGUUUUUUUGUUUUUUAAAGGGACAAUGAACAAGCGAUCUAUAACAUAUUACUUGCUUGGGAGUAAAGGAAAGAAGACUCAUGCAGCAGCAUCUUAUGCACAUUUUACCUGCUUGGAAAGGAGAAUAAGUAAAGGACAAUAUAUGCAAACCCCUCAUAUAUUGCCUGCUUUGAGAAAUAGUUACGGGACUCAGAUGGGACAUUCAGUACAAGACAAGAAAAAACAUCAGUUUUAUUGCCUGCUUGAUUAUAUAGAAAAAAAUACGAAAAUCUGCAUUAAAAAUAUUAAUCCUGCAUGCUGGACAUGUAUGGUAAUAAUUUCUAUUUUGUACCAUUUUCUUGUUUAACUUUAGCAUGUUGAUCAUCGUUCAUAGCUUUGUUUCAUUGAUAAGAAAAGCAUCACAAGUUAUCAACUUUUUACUGCUUGUGCAGUUUUGUUGGGGUUUUUUGUUUGGGGUUUUUUGUUUUGUUAUAGUUGUUAGCUUGUAAAUAUCUGCCACAUCAAACAGCACAGGAAGACAAAAUAACAUUUCAUCAGGCUGGUUAUAUGGUUUGUUAUUAAAGUAAAGAGAAUAAAAAACGUUAUGGGCAUUUUGCAUUUGCAUUCAGAAAACAACUUUGUAUAUUUGGUGCACUUUUAAGUUGUAAUUUUUUCUUUAGUUUUCAUUUUGGUUUUUGUUUGUUGGGGCAGAAUAAAAGCAACUCGAUUGCAUUGACAAACCUAAACUUAAUAAUAGUGAAAAAGGCCA